GAUAAAAUUUGGGGGAAUUUGGCGGUCGGUGUUGGGAACUCGAUUGCCGUUUGAGAAAAUGGGCUGUUGUGAUUUUUUUUGAACGGGUUGUUGAAAAUUUGUUUGGAUUUAGAGGAUUGAAGUAGGUUUUUGAUGGCUCCUCGUGCAUGCUAUGUUUUAUGCCUUUUCAAUUUUUUGGUUUCUUCGAGACGGAGAGAUUUUUAGUUUUCUUUAUGAGGAAUUGCAAAGAUUUUCAUUUGUGUUUAGAGUUUUCUGUUUCAUGGAUGUAGAUUACAAACGAAGAUUUUAAGAAUUUUCGUUCGGUUUUCAAUUUUGGAUAUAUAUUGGUAGGUUAAGAGAUUUUUGUAGCAAUAAUUAAGCCACUUUCAAUGAUAAAAAAAAGGAUGAUGUGUUUUCUCUUACCUUUUAGCUUCUAGGUUUUCUAGAUUCGGGUCUCCGAAGUUUUGGAUUUAGCUCGUAUACUUUAUUAUGCUUGCCAAGAAAAUGAGAAUCAUUUGAAACGUAUUCCAUGUUGUAUGUUCUGCUAACAUGAAUUUCCUCCAGGUAUAGAAUGCUGCAGUUGUUUUUAAAUGAGAGACAACUUUUGCUCAAAGGGGACUCUCUUUAGGAUUUGUCUUGAUUUUGUUCGGUUGCAAAGAUGAGUGACAAUUUGAUGGAUAAAGUUAGUGCCUUGGGUGAACGCCUAAAGAUUAGUGGGACAGAGAUGAGCCGGAAGAUGAGUGCAGGUGUCAGUUCUAUGAGUUUCAAAAUGAAGGAACUCUUUCAAGGUCCUAACCAGGACGAUAAACUUGUUGAAGAUGCCACAUCAGAGACACUGGAAGAGCCGGAUUGGGCCCUGAAUCUUGAAAUCUGUGACAUGGUUAAUUCUGAAAAAAUCAACAGCAUAGACUUGAUUCGUGGGAUUAAAAAACGAAUAAUGGUAAAAAGCCCCAGGAUCCAGUAUUUGGCAUUGGUGCUGCUUGAGACGUGUGUUAAAAAUUGUGAGAAGUGUUUCUCCGAGGUGGCAGCGGAGAGAGUUCUUGAUGAGAUGGUGAAGCUAAUUGAUGAUCCGCAAACUGUUGUCAAUAAUCGGAACAAAGCUUUAAUGUUGAUUGAAGCAUGGGGGGAAUCAACUGGUGAACUUCGUUAUUUGCCUGUUUAUGAAGAAACGUACAAGAGUUUAAAAUCAAGAGGUAUUCGAUUCCCUGGUCGGGACAAUGAGAGUCUUGCACCCAUUUUCACUCCUCCUCGCACAAUUUCCGCUACGGAGACAGAAGCCAGUCAUAUCGAACAGUUUCAUCACGAUAUUCCCGUGCAAACCUUUACAGCUGAAGAAACAAAGGAAGCAUUUGACGUCGCAAGGAACAGCAUUGAGCUUCUCUCAACAGUGUUAUCCUCAUCACCCGCUCAGGAUACUUCAGAGGAUGAUCUGACCGGGACACUCGUACUACAAUGUCGCCAAUCACGAUCAGCCAUCCAAAGAAUUAUCGAGACCGCUGAAGACAACGAGGCCCUUCUUUUCGAGGCAUUGAAUGUGAAUGAUGAAAUUCAGAAAGUCCUUUCAAAGUGCGAAGAUCUGAAGAAGCCCUCAACAACUUCUCCACGUGAACAAGAACCUGCCAUGAUACCCAUUGCUGGGGAACCUGAUGAAUCUCCGAGUCACGCCAAGGAAGAAGAUGCUCUGGUCAGAAAAGCUGCCACUUCCGGCAGCCGGCCUGGCGGCGGAAGCAGUGAUGAAAUGAUGGAUGAUCUUGAUGAGAUGAUAUUUGGGAAGAAAGGUGGAAGUGCAUCUGAUCGGGGACAGGAACCCAAGAAGCCAGAUUCAUCAAAAGACAAUGAUCUCAUUUCCUUUUGAUUUUGAGCUUUUGGUUUGAACUGAUUCAUGAUAAUCACACUCUCAAUUUUUAGAAAGAUUUAUUUGAUGUUAAAAGAUCUUUAUGUAACUUUACAUGUUUAGCUGCAUUUUAUUAUAAACUUCUACACUAACUAAUGCACAUUUUCUAUUAUGAACUUCCAAGUGU